UUAGUGGAAUUCUAAAAGGAACUUUUAUCUUAAUAUACAGCAGCUGCAUAUGCAUAGGGUAAACAUUUACCAAAAUUAUCGACAAUGCGUUUUGCUGGCCACAAAAGAAAAACAAAUGCAUGGCAAUGGUGAAUCCUGUUAUGGCAGAAGUGUUACCUUUGUAUAUAUAAAAUUGUGCAGAAUGGUGUCUAAUUGAUACGAAAGUUUAUAACCAAACAAAAAAAAAACAGUUGGAAGACGUAAUACAUAUUUUAACGGUAGCCGUUCCAUAAACAAUAUAUUUGGCAAAUUUCUAGCUAUUAUUCACUUCCUACGAAAAUGGGAAGACAGGGAAUUUCUAAUGAAAAAUUCAGUAUGAUUUAUUUAUUAGAAUUUGAAUAACUGUAUAACUAUAGAGAUUUUUUGAUAUCAUGGCAUUGAGAUCAGUACAAGAAAUAGUGUAUUUAGACAGACAGUUUCACCAGAGGAUGUUUUUGUUUACGUUGUGCAUAUGGUUGAUGUAUCCGGCGAAAGGUUAUGGAAAUUGCAAUGCAAAUACAUGCAUUCUACUCAGCGGUGCACCAAAUUGUACCGUUGUCAGCUGUAACGGAGCAUUUAAAAGUGAGGUCAGGAAAUCUCGAAUGCACCUAAUUCAAAUCCAACAGUCAGCUAGAUGCAGGAGGGAGCUGGGAUGUGUUUUAUCGCGCUGGACCAGUGUCUCGUCCUGCAAAAAAAACUGUCGCUCUGUAAUCAACUCAACACGUUGCAAUGGUGAUAUUGUGUCCGUUGAUUCUUCGAUUGGAUCACUUAAUUAUUUCAUGGGAAUGGUGAAUCGCAGUAAACAGCGUUUCAACUAUAACUUCGAUCAUCACAAAUACUUAAGUGAGAACAAACGACUUGUAUAUCAAAUCUACAAAGAUAAACUACCACAUUGUAAAGACGAUGCUUCCGUAUCAAAGUUUUGUCCAACCGAAGUAAUUGGCACCGAGAACUACAAAGGUAAAUACAUCUUUAAUUCCACUCAAGCGAACAAUUACUUUCAAGUGACAUGCAAGUAUGGUUCUCUGCAUGGCAAGCCGGUAGUAACACGAAGAUGCAAGUUAUCAGCAUCUCAAGAAGCUUAUUGGCAGGACGUUGAUUUGACUUCAUGUGCAGCAAAAACGACAACUUCCAAUGUGUUAAUACGAUUGGCAAAGGAAACGUUCACAAAAUCCUCUAUCAGGGGUAUAUCUUCAACCUUAAACGCAGUUAUUCAGAAUUCCAGUUAUAUCACAUGCGCGAAAGAUAUUGAUCACGUAGCAGUUAUUAUAAAAAACUGUUUGGCAGUAGGAACUCGCCAGCAAGAGGUGGGUAAAAAUUUGCUAGGGAGUGUAAACUCGAUCCUUGGUGUACCAAGUGAGAUUUUAAGGAUCUCAUCGUCAACUGAAAAAAUUCUUCCGAUGUUGGACGAUAUUGCUGGUAUAUUUUUCAGCAGUAAUGAAACUAAAUUCGAAUUUUCAGAGACAAACCUUGCUUUUAAAACAACUAGCAUAAGACAAUAUGAUAAAUUCUUAUUGAUCUCUGUUAAAAAGUUUCCCAAUCGAACUGUUAUAAACUUCCAACGUGAGCACAAAAAGGAAGUACAAUGGCACCAUGAUGUAACAUUGCUAAUACCGUUAGCUGAAGUUCCUGUUCGUUACAUUGCAAACAUAUACGCAUAUUCCUUUAAUAACGACAAGUUAUUUGUUCAAGAGAAAAGCAAUUAUUCAAGUUAUAAAACUGUACACAAUAUAACAUCCGCUACAGUAAAAAAUACUACGAUAAAAAAUAUGACAAACAUGAUUGAAUUAACAUUUAAACUACCAAAUGGCGCUGAAGGAGAUGGCCAGUGUGUUUUUUGGAAAGAUAAAGAUUUGGACGCUACGUACCCUCAUUGGUCGACCGAAGGCUGUUUCCAGACUGGCAUCUUCCAUUUAAACAGUAAUCGCUUUAUGACAUGUAAAUGCAAUCAUCUCACAAAUUUCGCUAUAAUUUUGAAUAGCCACGAAAAACAUGUUACGACAAAAGAAUUAGAAAUUGUUACCUAUAUUGGUUGCUCUGUUUCAAGUAUAACACUGCUACUUGGCCUACUCAUAUAUGCCACAUUCAGAGAAGUUAGACAGUCCACCGCAGCAAGAACGUUAAUUAAUAUUUAUAUAUCCUUGUUUCUCCUCAUGGUGAUAUUCAUGUUUGGGGUAUCAGCAAGAAAAGACCACUGUCGUUGUCAUUUAACAUCGAUGUUUCUCCAUUGUUUUACAUUGUCAUCAUUUGCGUGGAUGGGCGUGCAGUCUGUCUGUGUGUAUGGAAAGGUUGUCCAUCCUCUGACCUUUAGCCAGAAAUAUACAGGUUUAUUUUGGAAGCCGUUUUUUGUGGCGUGGGGUGUUCCUGUGAUAAUUUCAAGUAUCACGAGUGCAUUUUCAAUUCAUCAGUUCAAAAAAGAAAAUCGUUUCUGCGUCAUCAGUGGUCAACUUUUCAUCUUUACAACAUUAGUUCCUGUGUCGUGUGUAUUAGUAGUUAACCUGAUUCUUUUCAUCCCAAUUAUUACAAUCGCUUACUCGCACACGUCAAAUCAACCAUGGCGAAAAGUAAAAGUUACCUUUUCAUGCGUCGUUCUACUUGGACUAACUUGGCUGUUCGGUAUAUUAGCCAUUGGAGACCUGCGUAAAACGUUUCAAUGGAUUUUUGCAAUUAUCAAUUCGUUUUACGGAGUUUUUUUGGUAUAUUUUCAAACUUUGACGAAUCCUAAUGUAAAAAAUGCAUUAUGUACUCUACGAAACUCUAAAAUUCGAAGUGUGUCUUUUUACCGGAAGAGAGAAAGUAAAGAGGAGAAGAAUGAAGAACUUUAGCUUUAUAAAGCUGUGACAUUGAAAACUUGAUAUUGAAAACUUCGGUAUUUAUUACGGCUAGUAAUAUCCCCUGUUAUGACCAUAAAAUCGUAUCUAGUUUAAUUGGUAUAAUGGCAGGAAACUCAGCAGUGAUAGACUUCGUGAA